GCCCUUCCCAAACAGCAGCCCUGCCCUGGAGGAAUUGCGCUCAGCUCUCCCCAGCCCUGCAGCUGACAUCAAGGCUGUCAUCCAGCUCCUAUAGCAAGGAAUCCAAACACCUGAAGUCCUACUGAGAUGGGCAAAAUCAUCAUUUAUGAGCAUGCCAACUUCCAGGGUUUGUCCAAAGAAUUCACCACUAACAUUUCCAAUCUGAAAGAUGCAGAUUGGAAUGAUAUUGUCUCCUCGGUGAAAGUAAUUGGCCAGCCUUGGGUGGCUUAUGAGCAUGUUGACUACAGAGGCCGAUUUCUGGUAUUUGAGGAGGGAGAAUAUGACUUUGUUGGGAAAGAGAUGAAUGACAAGAUCAGUUCUCUGCAGCUGAUCACUGAAAAUCUGCACAAUCCCCAGAUCACUCUCUAUGAACAUGUUGAUUAUCAAGGGAAGAGCAGAAUAAUAAGAGAAGCAACCAAUCUGGCUGCGGGACACGACAAUGACAUCGUGUCUUCUCACAAAGUCCAGAGAGGUGUCUGGCUGCUGUGUGAGCACAGUGAUAGAAGUGGAAUUCAAUACCUUGCACGAGAGCACGAGCACCUUCCAAAUUACAAGGCAAUCGAUUUCAAUGACAAGCUUUCCUUCCUGCGUCCCCUUCGCCCUGGCUGUGGCUGUUAGGAUGCAAAUCCUGUAGUGCUGAGAAAAGAUGCAGCCCCGGCAAGAAAUCUGAGACCCUGUUCUCUGCCUCUGCUUGUGCUGCCUUUUCCCCGUGUCACAAGACUACUGAAUGUGAGAGCUCUCUACUGUGCUGCACUGCAGAUCUGUACUUCUCUAUCCUGCCUUGCAGUCUUCUCCUGCCCUACAAAUGAAAGAAUCAUCAUGCUAGAUCAUAUGAAAGAGUGUCCACGCUAGAGGAGGCAUGCCAGAUAUGUGAAAUCUAUUGUACCCUCACCUGGCAUUCCAGAGUCCUGGGCUAUGGAAUGUAG